CAGAGCCUCACAAACAUUGUCGCCUUAUCUUGAGUAAACAAUCCCCUCCUACAUCGAACGCCCUCUCUUCCCCUGUCAACGCCUCUGAAUUCUCAUCAUGGGCGAUCCGCAGUUCGCAAAGUAUCCCGACCUCCAGCUCUCACAGCACAUCUUCCAGCUCACCAAUCCCUCGUCCUCCAAAACCGCCAAACAAGCUUCCCUGAAGUCGGUCCAAGAUGCCAUCAGCGAGCACAAGAUGGCGCCUCUCUACCGGCAUCUUGCCCAUCCGGUAGAAGGCGUGUUGAAUGCACCGGGCGAGGGAACGGCGCAGCCGCCUACUAGCCACCGGAGACCGUCGUCCAGCGCCGCAACUCUGCUUGCUACCCGGAACCCGACCCUCGAAGUCAGCUUGCCGUGGGAUGAGAAGCUGUACGAGAGUCUGAAGGCCGAGAAUGAGAAGGAGUUGGAGGCUAUCCAGAAAGAGGAAGACGAGGCGGCGGAGAAAGCUGGAGAGACUGAGGUACAGGCAGCCCGGGGUAAGAGGGCUGAGUAUUACACUCGCAUAGGAGACAAGGAGAAAGCUAUCGCCAGCUUCGAGGCCGUGUUCGAAAAGACGGGCAUCCUCGGCACCAAGAUCGACCUUGUUCUAGCCAUAAUACGAAUCGGGCUGUUCUUUGGUGACAAGGUGCUGGUCAAGAAAACGGUAGAGCGGGCAAGUGCGUUGGUCGAGAGCGGUGGAGACUGGGAUCGCCGCAACCGCCUUAAGGCCUACCACGGGCUGCAUCUCCUUACCGUUCGAUCCCAUGCUCAGGCUGCUCCUCUUCUCCUUGACAGUUUGUCCACCUUUACAAGCUACGAGCUGUGCAACUACUCCUCUCUGGUCAUCUAUGCCAUCUUGGCGGGCUCGGUAGCGUUAAAGAGGGUAGACUUCAAGUCUAAGGUGGUGGAUGCUCCCGAAAUUAAAGCUAUCGUGGGCAAUCCCGAGGACAAGCUUUCCGCAAUAACAGGCCAGACUUCCGCCGGUCCGGCUGCAGGUGACGAGGAGAUGGCGGAUGCUUCAGCGUCGACUGCAGCGCCAGUGGCCGCUCCGGUGAAUCUCACAACCUUGGGCGUGCAGCAAGAUGCGGAGGUAUCAAUCGACUUCGCCCCUCUGGCUAAGCUGGUCAAGAGUCUAUAUGAGGGAGACUAUAAGAACUUCUUCCGGGCUCUAGGAGAGGUCGAGGUCAGCUUCCUCAGCCAAGACCGGUACCUGCACGAACACAGGGGAUGGUAUGUACGGGAGAUGCGGCUGCGGGGUUACCAACAGCUCCUCCAGUCGUACCGAGUCGUGGGCUUGACGAGCAUGGCACAUGACUUUGGAGUCACAGUCGACUUCCUCGACAGGGACCUGGCCAAGUUCAUUGCCGCUGAUCGGAUACCAUGCACCAUCGACCGUGUCAAGGGCAUCAUUGAAACCAACAGGCCCGACGACAAGAACAAGCAGUACGCCGAUGUGGUCAAGCAGGGCGAUCAAUUGAUCACGAAACUCCAGAAGUACGGUCAGGCAGUUAGGCUAAGGGGAAGUGAGCGCGGUUGAGGUGCCGAUGGCCCGUGAACAGGUGUCCCGACUUGUAGACAUACAUACAGUACCUUAUUAGACAGCCAAGCGAGUAAUGCGCUCGAAUAUCUUGGAGACACGAGCGCUUCAAAUGUUCUUCGCCACAGUUGCACUAUCCACGCGUGUCUGAUCUUCCGACACAUCCCUCGUCUACCGCCCGCGCUGUCAGAACGCGCUGUCACGGCUUUCAUUCCGCCGAGGCUGGGCCUGGGCUCCUUACUCCCCCCGCCCAAGUGAUGGAGGGGACGAAGACGGGAGACGGAGACAGACGCGAACACUUACGUAGAGGCCAC